CCUCUCGAUCCAGCUUUGAGUUAGCUAGCUCGCUGCCUAGCUCCUCCUCUUCUUCCUGUGGUCUCUCGUGUUGUUCAAUCUCGAGCUCGAUCGACAUGACCAAGCAUCCCAGGGACGGCGGGGUCAGCCUCUCGCUGUCGCUCUCGCUCGGCGCUGCUGCCGCCGCCGCCGCGGAGGCGGCCAAGAAGCCGCGGCGCGGGUCGUCGUCGCCUGCGGCGGCGUCCGGGCCCGGCGGCGAGUUCGUGUGCAAGACGUGCAGCCGCGCGUUCCCGUCGUUCCAGGCGCUGGGCGGGCACCGGACCAGCCACCUGCGCGGCCGCCACGGGCUCGCUCUCUGCCUCGCCGCCGCCACGGUCAAGGAGGCCCCCAAGAAGGCGGAGGAGAAGCCGGCCGCGGCGACCCACGAGUGCCACAUCUGCGGCCAAGGCUUCGAGAUGGGCCAGGCGCUCGGCGGCCACAUGCGCCGCCACCGCGACGAGGCCGCCGCCGUCCAGGCGCCGCCCGUUCUGCUCGAGCUCUUUGUUUAGAUGUAGCGAAGAUCACUUCUGUGAUGUCUAGGAUUCGUUGUGAUUGCUGCCUGUACAUAUUGGUGCACACUGGUAGCAAUUGAUUUGUUCAUUCAUUCUUUCAAUUUAUACAGAUAGAGAUUUUACCAUUGUACGUGACUUGCUUUUCGCUGGAUUAUAUAUUUAUAUUAUUAGUUCAUUCAUUUAGUCACUUGACUUGUAUUUGAGCCAAACUGUUCGACUGAUCGAAUCAGAUGUAUUCCAUUGUUUCCAUGUAUUUGUGUGUCGCUUGCUCUAAAAAGAUCAUUUAUGUACAACAUGUACACAUGUCACUAUGUCAGGGUUUG